CGCAGGGCGGGGGCGUGCCCGCGAUGCGCGCUGCGCAGGGCUGCUUGUUGUUCCCGCAGAGAGGCGAGAAGAUGGCGGCCGUGUCUAGCGGAGGUGCUGCUGGGUCCGCUGCGGCUGCAAUUACGCACCCUGCCCGACCGACCCACGCAGGAAUGGUCUCCCAGAACCGGGCCCCGCCGUCCUCUGGGAUCAACCCCAAUGGUCGUACCACCACGGCCACCGGGUGCAUCACUAAUCCCGGGCACACUUCGGCCACCAGGCCCCCUCCAGCCCGAGUGGGCCACUACGAAAUCGAGCGGACCAUCGGCAAGGGAAAUUUCGCGGUUGUUAAACUAGCCACACACAUCAUCACUAAAGCAAAGGUGGCUAUAAAAAUAGUGGAUAAGACCCAGCUGGACGACGAGAACCUGAAAAAGAUCUUCAGAGAGGUGCAAAUCAUGAAGUUGCUGAAGCACCCCCACAUCAUCCGCCUCUACCAGGUGAUGGAGACAGAGAAGAUGAUCUAUCUGGUAACAGAGUACGCCAGUGGGGGAGAGAUAUUCGACCACCUGGUGGCCCACGGGCGCAUGGCAGAAAAGGACGCCAGGAAGAAGUUUAAGCAGAUUGUGGCAGCGGUCCACUUCUGUCACUGCCGCAACAUCGUCCACAGAGACUUGAAGGCUGAGAAUCUGUUACUGGACCACAACCUAAACAUUAAAAUCGCAGAUUUUGGCUUCAGCAACAUAUUUUCCCGAGGCCAGCUGCUGAAGACGUGGUGUGGCAGCCCUCCCUAUGCUGCUCCAGAGCUUUUUGAGGGUAAAGAGUACGACGGACCCAAAGUAGAUAUAUGGAGCUUAGGUGUGGUGUUAUAUGUGCUGGUGUGUGGCGCCUUACCCUUUGAUGGCAGCACUCUCCAAAACUUGCGAGCGCGUGUCCUCAGUGGAAAGUUCCGCAUCCCCUUCUUCAUGUCCACAGACUGUGAGUACUUAAUUAGACACAUGUUAGUUCUGGAGCCCAGCAGACGGUUGAGUAUGGAGCAGAUCUGUAAGAACAAGUGGAUGAGACAAGGAGACCCAGACCCAGACUUCGACAGGUUGAUAGCGGAGUGUGAGCAGGUGAAGACGGAGAGAGAGAUAGAGCUAAUCAAUGAGCAGGUGCUGAUGGCCAUGUCUGAGAUGGGCUUGGACCGAGAGCGCACAAUUCAGUCCCUGCAAACGGAUGCAUACGAUCACUACAGUGCCAUCUACAGCCUGCUCGCGGAACGCCUCAAGAAACACAAGACGCUGCGUGUCGCACCGCCCCCGCCACGUUCCAUUAGCUAUCCUCUAAACGCCGUUCAGCAGACAGACCAACAAGGUAAUCCUGUUGGCAUGACUGUGCCCCAUGUUCAGCUCAUCAACCCAGAGAACCAAAUUGUAGAGACUGAUGGUAGCAUGGCCCUGGACAGUGAUGAAGGGGAGGAGCCGUCUCCAGAGGCGAUGGCUCGCUACCUUUCAAUGAGGCGGCACACUGUGGGGGUACCAGACCAAAGGACAGAGAUGCAGGAAGAACUCCAAAAGCUUCCACCAGGUUUCCCUCGUGGUGUGAUCCCUCAACCCACCUUUCCCCAACUUACCCCCACUAUGGCCCAAAUGCACACUCUCAUGCCCACACAGAGCUUGCAGCCUACACAGCAGCUGGAGUACAAGGAGCAAUCGCUGCUGCAGCCGCCUACCCUGCAGCUGCUCAACGGCAUGGGGCCCCUGGGCCGAAGAGCUUCCGAUGGCGGGGCCAACAUCCAGCUGCAUGCUCAGCUCCUGAAGAGGCCCCGAGGGCCCUCGCCGCUCGUCACCAGCCCGCAUCCUAACACUGCUGUAGCUCCGGUGGAUGAGGAGGGUUCAGAUGGAGAGCCAGACCAAGAGGCAGUGCAGAGGUACCUGGCGAACCGCUCCAAGCGGCACACGACGCACGUGCUCCCAAGCACAUCGCAUGGCGAGCCCUCGACAGAGUCACAGCGGCCCCAGGGCCCCCGCCAGAGGGCCGGCUGGGUGCCUGACACAUACGCCCGAUCCACCUAUAAGGACUGUAACACCCUCCACCUCCCCAUGGAGCGCUUCUCUCCUGUCAGACGAUUCUCUGAUGGCGCCGCUUCCAUCCAGGCCUUCAAGGCUCACCUGGAGAACAGCAGCCUCAUUAAGCAGCUCAAGCAGGAGUGUGAGCAGCUCCAGAAGAAGUAUGCUGCCCAGCAGGAUGAACGCUUCCUUGAGCACACCCAGCAGCAGCACAUCCUGUACCAGCAAGAGCAACAAAUCCUUCACCAGCAAAUCCAGGGUCUGUCUUUAGGCCAUGGAGAGAGCCAGCCCAGUCACUUAACCCACCAGCUCCAGAGGUUGCACAUCCAGCCCUCCAGCCCUCCGCCAACACAUCCCAGCAACCACCUCUUCAGACAGCCCAAUCAGAGUUCUCCGCCUGGCUCUGCAGGCCUAAUGCAAGGGCAUGGGGCUCAGUCAUCGGUGCAGUACCAACACGGUGCUCCAGCGCUGUACCAGGGACAAAGUGGCAGCCCGCCCCCCACCGGCCUGCCUCGAGUCACUCUCCCAGCCAAUCCGCAGACGGCACCCGGCCGCCCCGCCGUCCCACUGGCGCCGGGCGUACCGCAACAGCAGCAGGUGACCAUUCAGGUGCAGGAUGUGGAGCUGGGAGGAGGGGCACAGAGACCAGGCAGCUUCCUGUCCACACCGGGCGGACACAGAGUCCUCGGGAAGCAGCUCAGCGCAGACAACGCCGAGACGCACAGCCGCAGCCUCGGCCGUUUCACCUCCGCCUACGACCAGGCCCAUUUCAAUCCGCACCUCUUCUCCGGCGACGCUGCCUCUCGGGGCGCCUCCGGAGUCGUCGGCUCCUACAACCCCUACCUGCAGGCUGCCUCCCUGAAAGUCCCCGGCCUGGAGGGCUACCAGAGCGGGGCUGUGGGGACCGGCAGCUACGGGACCCCCUCCACACUACAGCAGGCCCUGCUCUCCCCGACUCCUUUGGACUACCGCCCCCCGCAGCAGCACGUCACCCCCACCCUGCAGGGCCUCCUGUCUCCUCGGCAUUCUCUAACGGGCCACGCGGACCCCAGGUUGCCACCGCAGGACUUGGCUGCCCUCCUGAAGAGACAGAACCUCCGGCAGUGCCCUGCGCCCCAAACCCCGCCCAGCGGUGCAGCACAGGAGUUUGGAGAAAUGCUGCUCCUCCGCCAGCUGAGCCCGGGAGACACCCUGGAGCCCCCCGUGGCUCAGCCUGCCUCAGGGGGUCAACACUACCACCAUCUCCUCCAAAUACAGCCCCCAGAGGUCCAGCAGCAGCCGCAGCACGUGACGCAGGCGCCGUGUCCCAGUUUACCACACUCGGAGAGCAUGGAAGAGGACGAGGCCCCUGCUGGAUACCACCACCCGCAUGAAGGCCUGCUGGCUAAGGCAGGAGACGCACAUGAGCUCCUGGGGGCCCCCCGCGGUGGCACCCCACCUUACAACUCCCCUACACACAGGCACGGUGCUUACAUAAGGAGUCCCCCUGCUUCAAGAGAAUCUGAGCAUGUAGAGUGCCGGCCCCAAGGACAGGCCAUGGAAGUGCCUGAUCACAACGGGCUGAACUAUCAGCGAGGCCCUCAAAGCGAAGUGUACAGAUCUAGAGGGCAGCUACAGCGUCACCACACCAUUCAGACCUGUGAUGAUGCCUACGAUCAGGCAGAUCCCAUGUCUGGUAUGAGCCUCUUGGCAGGAAAGGCGCUCAGCUCGGCUCGCAUGUCCGACAUUCUCAGCCAGACGUCUCUGACUGGAAGCCAACAGCUUCACCAGCGAGAGGAGUCAGUUUGCGAUGUAGAAGGGGAGCUCCAUGCUGCAGCCUGCUACCCGUCGUCCUGCACCAGUGACAUGCUCCUCAGCUACAAACCCCCAGAUCUGCAGUACAGCAUGGAGCAGGCUGGGGUCUAGCACAGGAGCCCCGUGUGCGUGGUCCAUAUCAGCCACCCUGAGUUGUUGACUUGAGUUGAGCAGCAUCACGCCAAACCACCGCUGUCUGUCCAAGCAGGGGGCGCUCUGUGUCCAUCUGUCUGUUUCCAUCUGUCCCUUCGGAGGGAGGGAGUGGGCGGGUUGGGCCAGAGGUGGGGUCCUUGGGGUUCAAAGGUCAAAGUGCCAGCAUUUUCUACACAGACAUCCAGCAUUGUUCUGUUGCAGGUCGUCUCCUCUUCUCACCUCUCAUCUUGGGUAGCUGGAGGUCUCGCUCUCUCCCCCAGCCCCCCGGCCCCUUCCCUUUCGACUCGCCGACCUCGCCCCCCUCCGAUCGGCGACCCGGCCCGCUUCAAGCCCACCUGCAGCUCUGACCCAAACCUCCGUUCUUCCUUCACCUCCCCCCAGCGUCCCCCUCCUGCCCCCGGCAACUGUAACGGCAUACAUUCAUUACGUGCCUGACUGGCCAGUGCAUUUACACAGCGACACAAUCAAACACACACACACACACACACUGCUGCCACAAACCCAAAGUAUUCCCAUUCGGAGCGAGUUUACGUGCGUAUGAGCGAGGCGAGGGCAACGGGGAGCGUCGGGGCUGAAACCUUAGCAACCGAAGGCCCCUUUCAGGUGUUUUAGGCCGGGCUCUGAACGGGCACCAAAAACAGCUCCAUCCAGCAGGCGGAGCGCUUUGACAUCGCACAGGACAAACCAGCUCUGUUCUUCUUUGUUUUCAGGCAUUCGUUUUUUUUUUUUUAUUAUUAUUAUUAUUAUUAUUUUAAGACUCAUUUUACAGUUAAUGUAGGCAUUAUGGUCAAUAUGGUUACUCUCAUGUUUUUCUGUAAAAGAUGUUUAUUAUAUGAAUUAUUAUUAUUAUUAUUAAAGGAGAAUAGUUAUGUGUUGCGAGGAGGACAACAAUGUUCUUUGACUUAAUUCUGCACUUUCGGUUCAUACUGUCCCUCUGGGCUUCCUGUCCUCUCCUUCAUGCUUCACCUGCUUUUUUCCCCCCUCCCCCCUCUCCUCUUCCCCCUCCACCUCUACGUUCUCAUCUUCCUCUCCUACCACGUCAGUGACCGUGUAUUGCAUUGUGGGUAGUUUUACCAGACAUUUCCUCCUUUCCUUGUACAGUGAUGCCAUGUAUAGAACGCUAUUACAGUUUCUGUAUCAAAUCA